GUUUAUCGCAAAUGUAUAUAUAUGUAUGUUCAUAAAUAUUAUCAGGAGUUAAAAAGCACCUGUUUAUGCAAAUCUUAUAAUUUCUCGGGCCUUGGCUGAAACUCAGCUGAUUUGUAAAAGUUCGCCAAUUUUUACACUUUGAAGGAAACAAAAGAUACUGUGUCAGAAUGACAAGCAAGCACAUCUAUUCAACGACAAAUUUAUCAGACCUUCAAUUAAAGGAGCAGGGCAAUUGCUUGUUUGCAGCACGAAAAUAUGACGAUGCGAUUAGUUGCUACUCCAAAGCUAUUAUCAAAAAUCCAACAAAUGCUACCUAUUUCACAAACCGGGCCCUUUGUAAUCUGAAAUUGAAACGCUGGGAUCUUUGCUGUCAGGAUUGUCGGCGGGCUCUUGAUAUAGAUGGAAAUCUAUUAAAAGGUCAUUUUUUCCUGGGACAAGGUCUAAUGGAAAUAGACAGUUUCGAUGAAGCAAUAAAGCAUCUUCAACGUGCAUACGACUUGUCUAAGGAACAGAAGCAAAAUUUCGGAGAUGAUAUCACACUACAAUUGCGAUUGGCUCGCAAAAAACGCUGGAAUGUUAUGGAGGAAAAGCGGAUACAUCAAGAGAUUGAAUUACAAAGCUAUUUGAAUCGCCUAAUCAAAGAUGACAUGGAAAACCGCCUAGCCAACUUGAAAAUAAACGAAAACCUUAAUGAAGAACAUCUUAAAGAUAAACAACAGGAAAUUGAACAGGAAUGUGAUGAUCAUAUCAAAGAACUCAACAAUAUAUUUGCUAAAGUUGAUGAACGUCGAAGGAAACGUGAUGUUCCUGAUUUUCUUUGUGGCAAAAUUAGUUUUGAAAUUUUAACUGAUCCAGUGAUAACCCCAUCAGGUAUCACAUAUGAACGUAAAGAUAUCGAAGAACAUUUGCAGAGAGUUGGUCAUUUUGAUCCUGUUACACGUGUUAAACUCACUCAGGAUCAGCUAAUACCGAAUUUCUCAAUGAAAGAAGUUGUUGAUUCAUUUAUUGCCGAAAACGAAUGGUCUUUAGAUUACUGAGUUUACUUGUUAAAAUCAUUUCAGCAAAAACUAAUAUAUUAUAAAUUGUAAUGAAGUAGCUCUUAAUAACUCUCAUUGAGAAAUAUUUACUAUAAAUAUGAAAUAAAAGAUGUAGACGAGUGCUAUAUAUAUAUA